GCGGGAUUUACAGAGGCUGUGACGCCACUGUGAUGCAAAGGGAAAAAACUUGUGUCCAAGAUGGCGUCGUAGAAGAGUGAGUCCAUUGGAAAACAAUAGCGAACGAGGGGAGGAGAGUUUGUUUGGAUUUCAAAUGUUUUUUUGUUUUUUAUAAUUAUUUGUUUAAAUGUUAAUCCAGGGCUCGGAAUUUCUGCAGAUUAUUUUCUGUGGGCGUUUUUAUUUUUCUUAACAUGCACCUUUUUUUUGUUUGUGUACAUCCAUGUAGUUGCCCAAUCAGCAGCAACUAUUGAGUAAAAAAAAGUUAUUUUCAUAUUGUGUGUUUUUUUUUUUUUUUUUAAUCAUUGUUGUCAAUGUCUGUGCCUGGGAUUUAAAUCGUUCUGUGAAUUUUCGUUGUGUAUUUGAAGCGUCAGGCUGUGUUUUGAAUUUGUAUUACUGUAUCCAGCGGGACAGGGUAACAAAAGUGAGUUUUUAAAUUAACUUUUUUUUCAUAAAGCAUGUACUGUUAAUAGUCGAUGUAAUUUUCAGCGUUUUUUUUUUGCUAUUGUUUUUGUUUUGGAGGCCAAGAUUGGCGUUAGUUGUAAAAAAAACAAACAAACCCGGAGGUCUUCGAUUUUAACAUGCUGGACUGAAUCACUUGUGAGAAGUUUCUGUGCAACUGAAAACAAACACAAUUCUCAAGACUUUCAUUUUCUUUUUCUUAACUCUAAACUACUUAUUAGUCUGACUGCCGCGCGGUUAUGGAGAGGCUCAGGCGGCGGAUCGAGCUUUGCCGGCGGCAUCACAGCGGUUGCGAGAGCCGCUACGACAACACGGCUAUGGAGCGGCUUGAGAUUGAAAGGCAGCACACCUUUGCCUUGCACCAGCGAUGUCUCCAGACCAAAGCCAAGCGGGGCAGCAAGCACAGGCAGCCACAGCCUGUAUCCGAUCAGACUGCACUGAGGGGGUCUGGCACUGGAGGCAGCAACUCUGACAUUCCGGAUAGUGGGGCCACCGAGCAGAGCAGGAACAGCACCCUGAUUGCGCUCCAAGAAACAGUUAAGAGGAAGCUGGAGAAUGCUGCAUCUCCUCUGAAUGGGGAUCAAACAAAUGGUUUUGGAGAGGCAUACUCUGCAAACAAGAAGCCCCGGCUGGAUGAUACUCGGAACACCAUUAACGGGGUAUCCAAUGGUUUACCGCCUGUCUCCCCCUUGCACCAAUUGGACACAAAGCACUCUGGCGGUAGGGAGAGGCUGCUACCCAAUGGGAGCCAUUCUUUGGGCCUGGACCGGCUCAACAGCAAAACAACUGUCAGCCUUCAUGAGCCUGGCCUAGGAGAGAACCAGGAGCUGGAUGACCGAUUUCUGCUCAAAGAGUUCAAACAGGAGCCGGAGGAUGAUAUUUUGCCAUGUUUGCCGCCGGCCGGCAGCAACCUCAUGCCUGACCUGAAUCUGAACGAGCAAGAGUGGAAGGAGCUCAUCGAGGAGCUGAACCGCUCUGUACCAGAUGAGGACAUGCAGGACAUUUUCAACGAUGACUUUGGAGACCGGAAAGACCCUGAUCCCAUGACCCCAGCCGCGCACACACUCUUGCCACAGGAUGCAGUCAGCGUCAAGGCAGAGUUCUCCCCGGCAGCCACAUCUUUUGACCAAGAGCAGCGGACAGUGUCCCCGCAGGUGAGGCCCAUGUCUUCUGGUCCUCCACAACACCCUGCUUCCUCGACCAACACCACUAAAGCCUCUUCACCGGCAAUGCCUAACUCGCAGCCCCAAAGGCAACUGCCACAGAAUGUCUUGUUGCCUAAACCUUCUUCCAACGAGCUCUCCUUAGCUCUGCAGCUUCAGCAGCUGGCAGCCCGGGAACAGCAGAGGGCUCAGCUCAUGCAGAACCAACAGCAGCAGCAGCAACAGGUACAGCAGCAGCAACAGCAGCAACAAGCUCAGACAUUUCAUCAACCCAACCACCAGCCCAACUGGCCCCAAGCUGCAACUUUUGGCAUGGAGAAGCCCACCAGCCCAUCUGUUUACCAGCAGGACUUCUCCAACUCCAAGCAGAUGAUGAUGCCCAAUGUGCUAAACAAGAAUUCUCCCAAAGCGGCCGCCACUGGAUACCUCCAAACCUCCACGAACCCCAGUGUGAUGGCCCACCCACCCACAAGCUUGAACCAAAACUCUGCCAACUGCCAGGCGUCCAUGUUGAACUACAGGAACACCAAGCCUCUAUCCCACUACGAGUUGGACCAUGGACCAAGAGUGACUCCGCCAGCUCAGAACAAAACUGCCAUGCUGGCUUAUUUGCAGCAGCAGCAAAGGCAACAGCAGGUGGCUUAUCUCACCGAGGAACAGAAACGGGUGAUCAAACAGAAAGCUGGGCUGCCGUACCGACCUAUUGUGCCCCAAACUCAGGAACAAAACACUGUGCAGACUGUCGCCCGGGUUCCAGGCGCUGUCCCAACUGCAGGCAUGGAGCCCCAGCCACCAGCUACUGCCUUAACAGGGAAACAUGGCAAUGCCUCCUAUCUUAAUAACCAGCAACAAGCAGCAAUUCAGCAGCAGCAACACAUGCAACUUAUGGAAAAGCAGAAACAAUUCUUAAUAGGACAACGACAGCAGCUAAUGGCAGAACAGGAAAAGCAGCGUCACCAACAAGAGCAGCAGCUCCAGAGGCACCUCACACGGCCUCCUCCCCAAUACCAGGACCAACAGCAAAACCCCUACCAGCAGCAAGUCAACCACUUUCAAGGCACAGCAUCAUCUCAAGGUCUGGUCAACAUGGGUAACCUGGGAGUGCAGAGUUCCAGCAACCAGAGGAUGUUCUCCCAGAGUCAGGGCUUGAUGCAGAUGGGCGGAGGGCAAGCAGGUGUUCCCUCCUCUGCUGCCCCCACAGCAAACCAACCUGAACUGGACAUGCCUGCUUACAACAGCAUGGAUAAUGUCCAGUCGGUAAUGUAUAAUCACAUGGGUGCUGCCAACCAGCUACAUCCUCACACAGCCCAGCAGAGUGCCAUGAGUGGUGCCCAGUUGCAGAGACAGCCUGUGAGAAUGGGCCAAAGCAGCACCGUGCCAGCAGGCUACAGACAGAACUUAAUGGGCAAUUCUGGUUUAACGACACAGCAGCUGCACAAGGGACCCACUAAUCAAGCACUUAUCAAGCAGCAGCAAAUGGCAAGGAUGCCCAAUGCUAUGGGUGCCCAAGCUCAGACUUGGCAGCACCAGGGUAUGCAGAGUAUGAACAACCAAACACCAGGGGGAGCAAACAACGGUCUUGGAGUAUUUAAUAACACUGGCUUUCACAUGCAGCCACAGGCCCCAAAAAUGGUCAGUCAGCAGUUUAGCCAAGCUGGCCUCAAUGUCAAUCGGCCAAUGACUGCAAUGAACUCUGCUGUUGCUGGGCAGAUGAUGCCAACUUUGGCACAGCAAAGGGCCAACCAGCCACCUCCUCAACAGCAGCAACCACAGCAACCAGUUGUAUCUGGAAUGAAUCAGCCAGUGCCUGACCUGACCAGUUUUGGUCAAGCUCAAAACCCUCAAAUGGUUAACCAGGCUAAUCUUCACUGUAGUCAGGGUUACCAAGUAAGGCCAGCUAAUCAGGACCUGCCAUUUAUUUACAGCGCUCAGUCGGGCAGCUUACAGAGUUUGCCCGGGGAAAGCGACUUGAUGGACUCGUUAAUGAAAAACAGGACUACAGAGGAGUGGAUGAAUGAUUUGGAUGAGUUAUUAAGAACUCAACACUGAGUGGAAGAGGAGGGAAACUUCUAGCUUGUAAAAAUAUUUUAUACAAAAAAAAACAAUUAUAAAGGACCUAAAAACCUGUGGUUUCCAGGACUUGAAAUGACAAUGAUUAAAUUACUACUGAUCGUUUGGGUCGGUAUUAAACCACUGAUGUAUGCAGGGAUGAACAUGUUUCAAAUAUACAGAUAUAUUACUAUUCUUCAGUGUAGUAGUUCAUGUGGGCUACAAUGCAGGAGUUGUAACACUUUGUGAGUAUGUGACUGUAAGGCAGAGUACCUGAGUUAGUGUUAAAGCCUAUAAACAAAAUGGCUGGCUGGCCCAGUUUGUGGAGCCAAAAUCUGGGAUUGAAAAGAUCCUUUGCUCAGUCCAGCUCUCUUUAAACCUGUAUGUGUUUUUUUAGGGUCCCCCUCCCUUUUUUAAGUAAGAAUGUCAGAUGCCCAGGUAUCUCUUAAAAAUGUUAUCCCUGCAAAGGGGUAAUGUAGGUAAUUCUGUUAAGAAUUGCCGUAGCAUGUUUGAUUUCACUGCGUACUGGGGGAAAAUAACUUUCUUUUGGGCCCUGCAGUUAAUGCUGGAUUAUCACCUGGCAAUUAGUAUUUCAGUGAAUACUCUUAAUUAAAACCUCUGCGCUGACCUCACUAUUUUGCAAAAGCCAAUCAAAUAGGUUACAGCACAUUUUACACUGUUAAAAUAUUUAAGAUAUGUCAUCUUUGGGAGCCAUAUUUUUUUUUGUAAAAAAUGGGGUGGGGUGGGGGUUUAUUUAAUAGAAAUUAAUAAGAUCAAAAAAAAUCUUGCCUGACUUCCAAGGUUAUUUCUAUAAGAAUUUUGAAAAUAUAGUUUAGUUUGAAAGAUGCACACCAUACUUUAAAGAAAUACUAAAAUAAACCUAAUAAAUUCAGUGACACCUGAUUCACUAUAUUCAUUUGAAUGUAUUUCGUUUCUUUUCGAAUUCCUGAAGGUAGUGUUUAGUAGCUGUGGAUUAACGUUAUACUUCCUUGGGUAUAUACGGAAUGGGAUUGCAACACAAAAUGUACUACAGUAACAAAAAAUGAAUUACUACAAAUGUAUUGCAAUCAUGAACAAAACUAUAAUUUAUUUAUGGCAAUCAUGUUUAAAUGAACAAACUUGUUUUUUGUGUCCACAGUAUUUACAAUCAUAAUUUAUCAUUAACAAAUAACAUAAUGCAGCCUUUGGUAUAUUAUAAUGUAUUUUAACCAGGACCUAGAAACUAACUAUUAAUGCCCUGAAACUGUUUAUUUUUCAUGCAAAACACUGUAGUUAAUGUACUCAUUGCUGCAGGAUAACUUGCACUUUUUCACAGUAAGUUUGUGCAGCUGUAUUUUAUUAGUAACUCUGCUGAAGUAUCCAUUUGGUUGAAGCUGCAGGGUGUGCCGCCAUUGAAACUGUGUCAUCAAAUAAAUACACCAGUUAAGAAUUUAAGUGCAAUCGAGAAAUUCACACUCUUGUUUUUGUCUGCGCAAAGCUAUUGCACUAUUUAGCGUAUUGUCCUAGUUUUAAAGUUAAAGUAUUUCAGGUCUCAAAAAUCAACAACUUUAAACUGUAUUACUUAAUAAAUUAUGAACACACAAUUCCUUUUAGUUAUGACUUGCAAUAAGUUGCGUUUGGAAUAUGUAUAUCCCCCCUCCUCUGGAAUUAUAUUUAAUGGGUGGAAAUCAUGAUUAAAAAGAUGUUUAACUGAGGCUUGUUAAAAAAAAAAAAAAAAAAAAAAAAAAGGGGGGGGGGGGGGGGCAUUAUAAUCAAGUUUCACUUGUUAGUAUUUUGUUCAUCCUUGUAUAUGUCGAGGCUCCUUGUACAAAAGUUUUUUUUUUUUUUGUUUUUUUUUAAUAUGCUGUAUACAGGGUGAUUAGGAAGUAAGUUUACCACAUCAAUGAAAUGUUGUGUUGAUGCAAACUUACUUUUUAAUCACCCUGUGUGUGUGUAAUUUUUUAUUUUCUUUUUGUAAGUAUGUAUUCCCUCAUGGCCAGGGAACAAAUAGAUCCUAUUUUUAUAUGUACAUUGUUCAGAUGUUUUUGUAAGUAUUUUUUACUUUAAUAACUAGAGGAUAUUUGUAAAAGAAAAAUGGUUAAAAAUGCAGUCAUUUAGAUUAGUUGAGUGUGUUUAUGUGUUUUUUUAAAAACAUUUUUAUUAGGUCUUAAUUUGUAUUAUUUGAAUGUGUCAUACCAUGUUGGUCAAGUUGUUCCUGAAGAAACUAAUACACAGUGAUGCAAAGGCAGGUGGCCCAGUGAGCACAAUAAACUUUCCUGAAUAUACUGCACUAGUCAACUCCAUGAAGAACAUGAUUUCCAUUACAUGAGAGUAGAUGUUAAAACUUCAUGCGCCAACUAAGACGUAGCCCUACAGUAAAC